AUGGGCGACGAUUCAUUUGUUGGGAAGCGGAACGCUUCAGUCGCUCUGGAAUGGGCUCAGUAUGCGACAGAAGAGACUGUCAGGGUCGUUGUCGGCGAAGACGGCUAUCAAGUCAUCUACCACCUCCCUCCGGCAGCUUUGAAAGCGAAGUCGGCUUACUUCAGAGGCUGCCUGUCCGGGUCAUUCAAAGAAUCUGAGCAGAACAUCAUCACCCUGGACGAUGUCAACCCCAAGACGUUCGCAUUCUUCGUCCAGUGGCUCUUCUCGGAAAAGAUCUGGCACGUCGCAGCAGUUGAUUCCAAGGACGCUAGGGAGACUGAGAUGAAUAUGAUUGACCUCUGGAUCUUGGCGGACCGACUUCUUGCGGAGGAUUGCCAAAACUACUGCAUGGAUUCGAUCAGAGCGACAGUUUCGCAUCAGAAGACAGUUUCUGGAUGUGUCAAGGUCAUAGGUAAACGAGUGUCUGCUGGCGGGCAACUCAAGGCAUUUUACACGCAGCAGAUGGCUUCUUCUAUGGCCCGUACUCGAAAAGCCUCCUUUGAUACCGGACACUCGCCGAAACAUGAGUCCUGGCUGAAGGAGCUCGACCAAGUUUGGGAUCAGGCGAGCGCAGAGGCAACCAAAGAUCUCUUCCUGAAGUACAUGGAAGAGAGAGAAAGGAUGUAUGUUUCACCUGCAGCGCUAGCAGGCUGUCACUGGCACGUACACGUCGACACCUCAAAGGACGAGUGCGAAGCCAAGUUUAGGGCUGUGCACGCGACUACUGCGUCCAUCGACACCAACAAUCAAGAUACGGAGUGGUAG